CUCGCUGUCUCUCCCAUCUGCGGACCUCUGUCUGGCAGCGUCUCGGAUGUCAAUGCAGGGACCCAUCUUCAUGGUUUCAAGAUUAUAGUCACGUUUGGGGACUCCUUCACCAACGGUGGGCGACAAGACGGAGGUCCGCUUCCUCCACCAGUGAUCACGCCUCCGGACGCAGAGGCAGGGGGAAGGUCUACGAAUGGGAGGGUGUGGGUGGAGGACCUCGCAGAGCCGUUCAACACGACGGUGAUGGAAUACGCGGUAAGCAUGCCCCGCAUCCAUCAUUGA